AUUCCCAGUCUACAGUGUUUUACAAUUUUUUUUUUUUUUCAGGAUUGCUAUGAAAGUCUGCACCAGUCUGACUGUGGUAGAUGAUUAUUUAGAUCAGUGGCAUCAGGAAGGAAAACUUUGAAUUAUUUUGUCAGUGCUUGUUUUCAUGUUUUGUGAUACUCUGUUAAAGGGAUAGUUCUGUUUCCCUGCAUCAGAGUUUUGUUUGCCUGGUAUGGCGUUUGGACAUGUGACACAGAAGUGUCCAGCUGCACAAACUGUAAACGUGAGCCUAAGUCUAAGUGUGCAGUUUCACAGUAAAAUAAAUGAAGUACAGGUAAAAGAGUAUAAUCACAGAAAUAGAAAACUGCAGUAAUAAUCUGACUGUUGUUGUUUGCCUUCCACAGUGAGUACUGUAUAAUCAUUGCACACCUUGGACCCUCCUCACCAUGUCCUGUGACUCGGACCUUUACAUCUUCUCCACUGACACUCUCCCCAAUGACCUGAGAUUCCUCCCUCCUCUGGCCAACGGCCUGCUGGGCUGGAGGGUCUACAAUGACAUCAUGCACAUGGGUGGCGUGUACAACGGGGAGGGAGGGCGUUGUCACCGCGCAGAUGUCCCCUGUCCUAUGGCCGUUAAGGUGGAGAUGGAGGGACCGGCGGAUCAUACCUACAGCCUGAACACACAGACAGGCAUUUUCAGCCACACUCUGAGCUCCGACAAAGUGACUGUCACGCAGUUUCUCUACUCCCAUCGAUACCACGCCAACCUGAUGGUGAUGGAGAUCUUAAUGGUGAGGCCGCAGGCGUCCACGGAGCCUGUCACUGUAAAACUGGUCAGUUCAUUCACACCUCAGAGCCAGGAUAUUGCAUUUGAGUAUGGCCCUGAUUACAAAGAAGGAAGGCACAUCCAAGGUCAGACUUCCACCGCCGAGUUCCCUGGUGGACCCUGUCCCUCUGUGCAUCUUCUUUGGAUGUCCAUACCUGAGACUCUGACCCUGCUUGCAGAGCAGAGCCAGGCUCGCUGGGGAUUCGCUCUGGUUGCAGACAACAAUUUUGACUCUGCAAAGGCCAACUUUGACCAGGCUCUGGAUCUGAUGGCCACGGGGAACCUGCGCUUGGCUCACGAGAAGGCCUGGAAAGAACUGUGGCUCCAGAGCAAAAUUGAAGUGACAGGUCCAGAGAACCUGAGCAGGGCUGUGAUUGGCUGUAUGUUCUACUUGCUCAGUGCUUUCCCCUUCAUACAUGACACAUCCAGCUCUUUUGGUGGAGUGAGUCCAGGUGGACUCUCUAAUGGGGGAGAUGGUCAGGACUACUGGGGCCAUGUUUUCUGGGACCAGGACAUCUGGAUGUAUCCUGGGAUCGCUCUGUUCUACCCAAGUUUAGCCCGCGCUGUGCUGGAGUACAGGGUAGGGACAAUAGAUGGCGCAAAAGAUAAUGCUCAAAAGCAGGGAUUCAAGGGACUGAAGUUCCCAUGGGAGAGUGCCGUUUCUGGGAGGGAGGUGUGUCCAGAGGACAUUUAUGGAAAACAAGAGAUUCACAUCAAUGGAGACGUCGCUCUGGCUUUUCAGCAUUAUCUGUACCUCACUGAGGACCUGUCCAUGUUUAGAGACGGCCACGGCAGCGAGGUGAUCUACGGUGUGGCAGAUUACUGGGUCUCUAGAGUAACAUGGGACCCUGCCGGCCAGAAAUAUCACCUCCUGGGUGUAAUGCCACCUGAUGAAUAUUAUUACAACGUCAAUGACUCUGUUUACACCAACAUCGUGGCCAAAUUCAGUCUUCAGUUCGCUGCAGACCUGGCUGAUCUCCUUCAACACCCUGCACCAAAGGAGUGGAAGGAUGUGGCUGAACACCUCAUGAUACCAUUCGACCAGGAGUCCCAGUACCAUCCUGAGUUUGAUGGUUAUAUUAAAGGUCAGCCGGUGAAACAGGCCGACACAGUGAUGUUGGGCUAUCCUCUGGGCUUACAGAUGUCUCCACAGAUCAGAAGGAAUGAUCUUGAGGCGUAUGAGUCAGUGACAGACCCGCAUGGUCCAGCAAUGGCCUGGGGCAUGUUUGCAAUCGGUUGGAUGGAGCUGGGGGAGGCAGAAAGAGCUCAACAUUUACUGGAGAAGUGCUUCAACAACAUCCAAGGCCCAUUUCAGGUGUGGAGUGAAUCAUCAGAUGGUUCUGGUGCAGUCAACUUUCUCACAGGUAUGGGAGGAUUCCUGCAGGCUGUGCUGUUUGGUUACACAGGCUUCAGAGUUCAAAAAGAAUGCCUGGCCUUUUCCCCAGUUCUUCCUGCCAACAUAUCUGAGCUCUGCGUCCGUGGCGUGAACUACCUAGGUAGUCAGAUGGACUGGCUGCUGAGGAAAGAUGAUGUUUGUAUCAUACUGAGAGAGACGAAAACCAGUGAUGCCACUCCUAAGCCUUGUGAUCUACAGGUUGUCCUGACAGAAUCAGGAACAAAGAUUCCUCUCACACCAGCACAACCAGUUACUUUUCCUCGGGGACCUGGACGUGUCUGUAAAGCGGAAUACUCUCCUUAUUGCUGCCUUUUGUAAAACCAUAAGCCCGUCCCACUUCUCCAUUCCUGUUUUGGUACAUUAUGCAUUUUUGUGCAAUUUUUUAUAUCAGUUGUUGCACCUUUGUUGUAUGCCAGGCUGUUGUUCCAUUCACUUCAAUAAAUAAACAAAGACAACAUGAAUACCAAGACCUUUUGUAUUAGUCU